CGCAAGCAAUUCUCACUCGGGGUGGUCUAUAAGAUUGCCUUUUUGAAGAAUUGUCUGACUGAGAUGACAGACAAUUAAGUGAAUGAAAAAUUAUAGGCAUUGCAAGGACUACUGAGCUGAUGCUGUGUAUGAUGGUGCGUGGCUGCUUUUGUUUUUCCAGCAAUUUCAUUCACAACAGGCUGCUGCUAAUAUUGUAAGAUGAUUUCUCAUUUUCCCACUAUUGCUGCUGUUGUUGUCAUUCUAUUGUGCAUCACUGAUCAAUGCACAGCUCAAGAUACUGACUGUUCUGCUUUAGCCAGUGCUGGUAACUGCAGUUUUUAUGAUUGCUUGAGCACUAAAUUCAGUUGCGGACGAAGGGAUUAUCCUCUUUUCCGUGGAAGACGCUACUGUCGCAGAUUCAUGAGACAAUCAGAGUCCUUCACAACAGCAGGUCAAGCAUGGAUUACUAAUGUCCAUAAAUGUUUGAUGCAGUCUAUUGUCAACAGUGCUCUCUAUAGUAAUGCAAAUACUCAUUGUAGUGAGUUUGGAAAUCUUGAAUUUGAAAAUCGUCCUAAAUGUUACAUCGAUAAUGGGUUCUGUACAAAUAUAUUCUUAUCACCUCAAUGUCAGAACCUAAAUCAAAUUGAAAAUAGAAUUUUUCAUGAUUAUAAAAAAAGUAAUUGGAGUAGAACAUUGAUAAAUCAGAUUAAAACAACAACUGCUUCAUGCCCUUCCCAAAUUUCUACAUUCCUUAAUGAUGCUUCACAGUGCGAUAGGCCUGACACUUCUCUUGUAUCUGUUAUACAAAACUAUUUAGAUUGUACUGCAAGGGCUUUUGAUUUUAUUAUUUUAUUGGAUGCAUCUGGAAGUGUUACAGCUCAAAACUUUGAAAUAAUGAAAAACUUUGUUGCAAACAUGCUGUCUAACUUUACCAUUGGACCAAAUGACACCCGAGUUGGAGUCAUUCGUUUUGCUGACACUCCAUCAAUUGUUAUCCAAUUAGGUUCCAUUAAUACCUAUUCACAAUUGGCUACUGCUGUCAGAAGCAUACCAUACACUGGAGGAUUUACUUAUACUAACUUAGCAUUGGAUCUAUUGACUACAGCAUUUGCUACUGCUCGUGUCAGUGAAGGUGUUCCUCGUGUAGUUGCUGUUCUUACUGAUGGAUUGUCUACCGUCCCUUCAGCAACAAUACAAUCUGCUCAAGCUGUCCAUAAUGACAAGAUUAAUGUUUUCUCUUUUGGUAUUGGAAGUGGUGUCAGUAAUGCAGAGUUAGUUGCCAUUGCUUCAGAUGGUCAACAAGGUGUUUUUACCAUAAGUGGUUUUUCUUCUAAUACUUUUCAGGCUGUUUUGAUACAAUUACGAGUCUCAACAUGUGCAUCCCCAACAGAAUCUGAGACUGGAAAAGAAAUCGCUACUACCCUUCCAAAAGGAUCGUCUCGUUUGUUACAAUAUGUGUUUCCAUCAAUGGGAAUGACACUAAAAAUUGAUAUUACAGUGGGAAAUUUGGUAGUUCGUGGAUCGUUUAAUGUACAAAACCCAGAUGUGCUAACACAAGAUUUCUCCGUCAUGAGCAAUGGAAAUGACAUUGAUUAUUUCAUUAGUCCACAAUUAUAUAUACAGUCAACUACUGAUGAUGAUGAUGAUGAUGAUGAUGAUGAUGAUGAUGGAAGCCGUAAAAAGAGGCAGACAUCAAUGCCUAAUGUGUACUUUUCUGUUGCUGGAUUGAAUGAUAUCAAUUCAUUUGCAUUGAAUACUACUUUUGGUGAUACUACUUCACCAAUACCUGAUUGCUCUGGCUUAUGUAAAUUCAAACUUCUGAAAAUGACAUGUGAGGUUAUAAGGAUGAAUGGUGAACAUAUACCAGCUCCAUGCCGUAAUUGAUUUAUUUAUUUUUUUUGGUCUUUUUAUUGUGGUAGUGAUUAAGUAGUUAACUUUUGUCAAAUGCAAUUUUGUCUUAGAAUUUUA